AUGGCUUCGGACAACGCUCAGUACCUACCAUCGCUCAUCCAAAGACUUGAAGCCGCCACGUUACGACUUGAAAACAUCGCGACUACCAGAUACGGUGCCUCGGCGGCCAUCCUCGACACCGCAAUUGCUGUCGCGAGCCGAGAUCCUGGCACCGGUUCCUCGACAAAGCCGGAAACCCUCACCGACGAUUUGCCCAAGUCCGUUAUCGCUUUUGGGAAGAUCAUCGAGGACGACGUUCAAGCAUUUCUGAAAUCGAGCGAGUCAAUCGGUGGUCCCGUCGAACAACAGUCCAAAGCCGUGAAAGAGGCCUUCGAGGCUGGAAAGGCCUAUUUGCUCAUUGCUUCGAGAGCGAAAAGACCUGAAUCAAUGCCCCCCGAAUUGACAGCAGACCUUCGCCGCCACACUUCGACCGUCGAGGAGAUUCGAGAAGCCAACCGUCCCUCUCCGUUAUACGUUCAUCUGAGUGCCGUCUCGGAAGGAAUCAUCGCGCUAAGUUGGGUUUUGGAGAGAAGGCCGAUCGAUUUCGUCAAGAACAUCCUGGGCGGCACCCAAUACUACGGCAACAAGAUUCUGAAUGAAUACAAGGGCAAGGACAAGUCGCACGUGGAAUACAUCAACGCAUACUACAAGAUCCUCCGUUCCUUGAUCUCCUACGUCAGGGAAUACUAUGCAUUUGGUGUUGUGUGGAAUGACAAGGAUGGCAUAGACGUGCUUGAAGCUUUGAAUCAAGUACAGCCAAAUAUUGAUGAUACAUUUUAUGAUCAGGCGACGAGCGUCAAUAAAAGGACACAUCACGGCGACUCCACCGCUUGA